AUGCUGUGUGAAGGCAGACUGUGGGCUGUGGCCUAUGCUGAAGAAGAGGAGGGAGAGGAGGCCAGUGCUGAUCACCCAUCACCACACUGCUCCAGACACAGCUCCAGCCCUGGUCCUUUGAAAACCCCCAGAGAUUCAGGACUCCAGCGCACGCCUUCGCUGCAGUCUUUGGAUUUGGAGCGAGUCUGGUCGGUCCCACAACGCUCUGCUGAAAUGGCAAUCUUGUCUCAGAACCUCUCCUCCAGCGACAGCCCCUUCCUCGUCCCCUCCUUCUGUCAGAGCAUUUGCCAAAACUACAGCGACCUCCACAUUGCGGGGGAUCAGGUUCUCCCUCUGUCUGCCAACGUGGGAGAAUUCGGGUCUAAUAAACUCAAAACCGCUGGGCCGUUUUUGCAUUCAUGUGACGUCCAACCACCUCUGGACCAGUCUCUGCAAGCUGGACCUGUAUUCCCAGUCAAACGAGGAUCGAAUCCGUGGAAACAGGGCAGCGGACGGGAUCGCAGUUUCUUUUUGCAAGGGCGAGAAGGGCCGUUUACCAACUCUCUCCUGAACCACUACCUGGAGCAGAAACUUCAGGAUCUGUACCAGCAGUAUAUGAUGGAGAACAUGGCUAAAGAGGCAGGCUCGCCGUGUCCUCUGCUGGGGUCAGAGCUGGUGUUAACAAGUCUGGAUCAUCUCACACUCCAGCUCAGUAAAGAGGGGAACCUGGAGGCGGGCGUGGCCAAAGACCUGGUUCUGAGCUGUCUGCUUCGAGUCGCCGGGGAGAUGUCAGGGGAGAUCAGCACCCCUUUUCUGCAGAUUUCCUCAAUGGAGAAGCAGGCGUUUCCCGGUUCACUUCCAAAAAGGCCCAUCCAUACACGACUCUAUUCCAGCUCCGUGCAGCCGCGUGGCCUUCUGAGCGGGUGUUUGAUCGGCUUCCUCGUUUUUCCUUCUCCAAACACAGAGCCACAGGAGGACACGCUGUUUACUGAGCUGAGCACCGCAGUCGGAGUCCUGUGA